AAUGGGCAAUACAUACAAAGCAUUUUUGAGUGAAUGGGUGACCCAUUGGGAUGGGUUUUUCUUUUUCUUCUUCUUAUAAAAAGAGAAAAAGAAUUUUAUUGUUGAAAAUGGUAUUUUCAGUUUCCAUAAUUCUAAGUUUGGGAAAACUGAUGAAGGAUACUCUUAGAUACUUGGCAGGAAUUCCAGGCCCCAGUGGCUAUGGUUCCAAAUCUACUGCUGAACAAGUCUCUCUCUUUUCUUCUUCUUCUUCUCAACUUACUGCCAUUAUCACUGGGGCAACAUCAGGAAUUGGGGCAGAAACAGCAAGAGUAUUGGCAAAGAGAGGAGUGAAAAUAGUGAUGACAGCAAGAGACUUGAAAAAGGCAGCUCAAGUUAAAGAAGCAAUUCAAAAAGAAAGCCCUGAGGCGGAGAUUAUUGUGUUUGAAAUCGAUCUCAGCUCAUUGGCUUCUGUCCAAAGCUUUUGUAAUCAGUUUCUUUCUCUUGGACUCCCACUUAACAUUCUCAUAAAUAAUGCUGGAGUCUUCUCCAAGAAUUUGGAGUUCUCUGAAGACAAAGUUGAGUUGACAUUUGCAACAAAUUAUUUGGGACAUUAUUUACUGACAGAGAGGCUGUUAGAGAAAAUGAUAGAAACAGCAGCCAAGACAGGAAUCGAAGGAAGGAUUAUCAACGUUUCAUCAGUGGUUCACGGCUGGGUGAAGAAAGAUGGUUUAAGCUUUCGUCAAAUGCUCAACCCAAACAGAUACAAUGGCACUCGUGCAUAUGCUCAGUCAAAACUAGCCAAUAUCUUGCAUGCUAAGGAACUAUCAAGGCAACUUCAGGGAAGAAAUGCCAGAGUCACCAUAAAUGCAGUUCAUCCAGGAAUUGUAAAAACUGCCAUCAUUAGAGCUCAUAAGGGCUUUAUCACAGAUUCUUUGUUUUUUAUGGCAUCAAAGUUACUUAAAACUACAAGUCAGGGAGCAUCAACAACAUGCUACGUAGCACUGAGUUCACAAACAGAAGGAAAGAGUGGAAAAUUUUACGCAGAUUGUAACGAGACUAACUGCUCAUCCCUAGCCAAUGAUGAGUUAGAAGCACAAAAGUUAUGGACUCAAACUCGCAACUUAAUCAAUAGACGACUAAGCAAACUUCCCUCCUAGUCAAAUAUUAUUCAGCAUUUUGUAAAAAAAAAAUCUAGGUUUAGAUGUAAUGUGCAUAAGUUUGUCAUUAAACAGUUAUAUAGAUAGAAAGUCAAUUUAAUGAAUACCUGAAAGAUACAAGGGCUAGAAAGUCUUCCCCCUUCAGCCCUGUUCAAAUAAUGUAUUACUCAACCAACAGUAAAAUCAAAUAAUUUCAUUAGGCAGUGUAAAA